UCGGAAUUCGAUUGUUUCCCGACACUGUUUUAGACAAAAGUGCCUGCACAUAUUUCCACGUCACUGCCCUGUUAAUUAAGUUUAUGCUGGCUCAUUAUUCAGGAGCCCAUAUUGAACACAAUAUCCCCAUAUAUUUGCACACGAAACAUCAAACGUCUGUGCUUCAAGAUUAAGGAGCCACAAUGGCUUUCCAGGCUACGCCAGCAGAUGUUUCUGUCAUUGUCACUGUUGCGGCUGAUGCCUGUUCUGGAGACAACUGUGCUUCAUUCGCGACUGAGCGUCGAAUAACUCCAACAUGGACAGUUUCGCUAUUGAAAGCGAAACUGGAAACUAUGUGCGGAAUUCCACCUGGGUGUCAAAGAUUGCGCUUAAAAGCUCCCGGACUUGAAGCCAGGUGGAUAGAUAACAACUCCCAGCUUGUUGGUGAUUGGGGCCUCGCCAAAGGUUGCGAGAUUGAGAUCCAUGAUCUACGGCCACCAGCGGCCAGGCCAAACUAUACGGAUGUCUCAUCAGUGGAAAAGUACACCCUCCCAACGUCUACCUACGAGUCACUUCCAAAUACCGUUCUUUCCUGGAAGAAGGCGCAAAAGCUUGGCCGCUUCGAUCCUAAGGCUUUAACUCCCGAAGAAGUCGCAAGAAACCAAGCGAACAAAGACGAAAGUGACAUCAGAGAACGAGGCAUUGAACUCUCAAGACGUGCAAUCGUACUUCCUUCUAGUCCACCACAUAUCAGGAGGGGCACUAUCCGCUUCGUUGGUCCUGUCCCAACGAUACCCUCUGGAGGCGCACAAGUGUCGCUAAACCCCGGGGACCCGGCGCCUCUGUGGGUUGGUAUCGAAUUCGAUGAGCCCCUGGGUAAAAAUAACGGUAGCGUCGGGGGUAAGAGCUAUUUCACUUGUCCAGAGAAAUGUGGAGUUUUUGUAAAACCUGAGAAAGUCGAAGUGGGGGACUUUCCGCCACUGGGUUUGGAUCUAGAUGAAGACAUGGAGGAGAUCUAACAUCUCAUUUCGAUUCCUCUUUGGUUUCUUCUAGUGUCAUAGAUCUUCUGUGUGAUUGGAUCGUUGUCAAAAUUGGAGAUGCUUUGUCUCUGCCCCUCUUCCCUUCGUACAUGACAAGAUGGAAAACCGAGCGUAAAGACU